AUGUUGAAAUUAAUAUUUGCUCUGUCUCUGAUAAAUAUUGUUCUCUGUAAUAAUCCGCUAAUAAAUCUCAAAGAUGGAUGUACAAUAGAAACUACUGAAGGCACAAUUGAUCUCUCUCCGCUUGGGGAAUCAGGUGUCGUUCCUAGGUUUAAAGAUCAGGCUGGACCCGGAAUGUUGUAUACGUAUUCUUUUAAUCCAUGUACAGGUUUCUCAGAGGGCACUUGUAAUGAUGUUACAAUAUGCCAGACAUUAAUAUCAACAGGACAGAAUUUUAAACUAGGUUUCCCAAAUAUGGUACAGUAUCAGCAAGUACCUGGUCAUUCUGGAGCUUUGGUUUAUACAGCUGUGGAUCAAUUGAAUCAAUUGAGAACCUCAACAAUUACCCUAACCUGUCAACCAAACAUUGAAGGACAACUUAUAAUCAGGGGAGAGAAUCCACAGUUACAUUAUAGUUUUGAACUAGUGAGCAAAUACGCCUGUCCAAUGCCUGUUCCUACAACACCACAACCUUACCCAACAGCAACAUCAGUUACUGGACGACCACCACAUCCACAACCCGUGCCUGGAUUGUUCAGUGUCAAAACAAGCGUCAUUCUCUUGUUCUCUAUUCAGUUUACCUUAGUUAUAAUCAUAAUUCUACUAUUGAUAGCAGUUAUUGGUCAGAUUUCAAGACGAAAUUCAGCUGAUUCUACCUCUGAAAAAUCACAAUAUUCUUUAUAA